ACGACGCCGACGAAGUGAGCCCGCCAGCACCCCGCAAGGAUUUCCGCCUCAUCACGCAGGUAUUAUACGACUCCCGGUCACAGACGCCCUCAGCUGUGAUCCAUCGCUCUUUUUCUACCGUCGCCUUUCCCCAGAUUCAUCGCGUGGUCGGCUCAAGAUGAGGCCUAUUUUGCUCGCGGGCCAUGAACGUGCCCUGACUCAGAUCAAGUUCAACAGCGAUGGCGAUCUUCUGUUCUCCGUGUCGAAGGAUAAAAUUGUGUGCGCCUGGUGGUCGGCCAACGGCGAGAGACUCGGUACUUACAACGGACACCAGGGUGCCAUCUGGACGGUCGAUGUGAGCCCCAACACGGUUCUCCUGGCGACGGGUUCGGCAGACAACACCGUGCGACUAUGGAACGUCAAGACCGGCGAGUGCGUGAAGGUGUGGGAUUUCCCUACGGCCGUGAAGCGGGUCGAGUUCAGCCCCGACGGAAGCAGACUUUUGGCCGUGACGGAGAAGCGUAUGGGUUUCUUGGGUACCAUCGCCGUCCUCGAUAUCAGCUACGGCGAGAACUUGGAGGACCAGGCCGAUGAGCCCAGCUUGCGGAUCACCUGCACGGAGAGCAAGGCUACCGUUGCGGGCUGGAGUUAUCUGGGCAAGUACAUCAUUGCUGGUCACGAAGACGGCAGUGUCAGCCAGUACGACGAGAAGACCGGUGAGCAGCUGGAGAACGUCCAGGCCCACGAGUUCGACCACCAGAUCAACGACAUCCAAUUCUCUCAAGACCGCACCCACUUCAUCACCGCCUCCAAGGACAAGUCUGCCAAGCUCAUCUCCUCCCGCAACCUCGCCAUCCUCAAGACCUACCCCGCCGAUACUCCCUUGAACAGCGCCACGAUCACGCCCAAGAAGGAUUACGUUAUUCUGGGUGGUGGUCAGGCCGCCAUGGAUGUCACCACCACCUCCGCCCGCCAGGGUAAAUUCGAGGCUCGCUUUUACCACAAGGUCUUCGAGGACGAGAUCGGCCGUGUCAGAGGUCACUUCGGUCCCCUCAACACCGUCGACGUCCACCCCGCCGGUACUGCCUACGCUUCCGGAGGAGAGGACGGUUACGUUCGUGUGCACCACUUCGACAAGCCUUACUUCGACUUCAUGUACGAGGUCGAGCGGGAGCAGCUGCGGAAGUAGAGAGGAGGCGGAGGAGGGGCGAUUUUGACGUUCGGAAUGCAUCUUUUUUAAAACCAGUUACGCAUCCUUUGUAUGUGUCAUGAGGCGAAGUUUCAUCUUUUCUUUCACUAUACUCCCCCAAAAAGUAGAAAGGCAAGAACCGGUACGGCGGCGGGUACGAGAAAAGACCUCGAGGCGAUUCAGGGCAUGAGUUAUAUUUCAUUUGUUCCAUGAUACAGUCGGAGUUGGUACCAUUUCCUAUUUCUGGUCGCUAUUGUGUGUCCUAAUAAAAAGAACCCUUAUUUGCUUUACUGUUUUGUCACACCCCUAUGAUUCCAACUUCGCUUGCUCAUAAUCUUUCUUGUCUUGCUCAUGAACAUAUCAUUUGAAUUCCGAGGUCAAUUUGCUAGGCAACAUUUUCUAUCGCGCCCGAAAAAAUGCAUAAAACCAGGAAGUAUCAAUAUCCACCAAGCAGAAUCACAAAUUUUGUAUGAUUCGGAGGGAAAGUCUUUAUCUU